CAAACACGUAUUUACCAUAAACGUUACAUUUCCCCCUAUCAUAAAGACAAAAGCUUCACUUUACGUUUUAGCCCAAUCCUUCGUAUUUCUAUAUAUUCAUAGCCACACACUCACACAAACCCCAUUUCUCUCAUAGUCUAUUAGAAAAAAAAACAUGGCGUUUACAAAAACCAAAAGCCUCUGUUUCUUCACGUUCCUCCUCUCUUUCUCAACCAUCUCCGUCGCACGGAGGUUCGGAGUCGGAGGUAGCGGCGCGUGGGUUCCAAACCCCCCGGAAGAUUAUGGAUCUUGGGCUGGAAAGGGCCGUUUCCUAGUACACGACACACUCUAUUUUACCUACGCCAAGGGAGCUGACUCUGUUCUAGAGGUCAGCAAGGCUGACUACGACGGAUGUAACACCAAGAAUCCGAUCAAGAGAGCCGACGACGGAAACUCAGAGAUCUCGCUUGAUCGUUCUGGUCCGUUUUACUUCAUCAGCGGUAAUGAAGAUAACUGUAAGAAAGGGCAAAAGCUUACUGUCGUCGUCUUGUCUGUUAGAACUUCGACUCCGCCUCCUCCACAAGCCGCUACGCCGGAAAACUCUCCGCCGGGUUCAAUGCCACCUAAGUCUUCUUCCCCCGUUUCUCCGGCUACUUCUCCACCGGCCCCUAUGCCACCUAAAUCAUCUUCCUCCCCUGUUUCUCCGUCCUCUGCUCCGGUGACUUCUCCGCCGGGAUCAAUGUCACCUAAGUCUUCUUCCCCUGUUUCUCCGAUGACUUCUCCUCCAUCACCUCCGUCCUCUGCACCGGGCUCUUCACCGUCUGGAUCAAUGGCACCCAAAUCUUCUUCAGCCGUUUCUCCAUCUUUGGCUCCGGGAGAAUCUCCUUCCUCCAUUUCAUCUUCCCCGUCUGGGAUGGGUCCCUCCGGAGAUGCUCCCUCAGGUUCGGCGAUGGGUCCCUCUGGAGAUGGACCGUCAAGCUCCGGUGGUAUUAAUGCGCCGGCGGAAGCUCCAGGCGAGAAAAAAUCCUCUGCUAAUGAUGGUACCGUUGUAUUCAACUGGACAGUAAAUAAACUCAUAUCCGUGCGACCGCAAAAGUGAAGUCUGAUAGGGUGGCCUCGAACCACAUUGCUUCCUAACCCUCGCCUUACCAAAAGCUUGUUAAAGUCACAUUAAAGACUGAUCGUUAUUAAUUCAUUUACCUACCAAAGCUCACGUAAGGGAAAAGCUACAUUGACUUUCUAUUUUAUGUUUGAUGCUUUCUUAUUUAUGUCAAUAUCACACAUUCAAUAAAUUUCUUUUAUUUUCCA